AUGAAGUUUGAAAAAGCCUUAUCCUUAUUGACAGUCCUUGCUCUUCAUCAGUUGGCUUUUUGUCAAGAAGACGAAACCAGCAAUGAUGCUGAACCUACUUUGCCUGCUCUUAAUACUGAUAUCUUUUGGUGGAAGUCUGUUAUCAGCCAAGACCAAAUCUCCAACUAUAUAACCGAAGUCCCUACUACUACUACCACUAUUACUCCUGUAGCUACUACUACUACUGCUACUACUACUACUUCUGCAGUUAGCAAUUCAGCCACAUCUACCAAAGCAAGUUUGUCUGUUGCUAGUGCUUCUUCCUGGUCAUCUGCCUCUUCUUCCUUAGUAUCUGAAGCAUCAUCUACUAAUACAUUGUCUGCUUCUGCAAGUACAAUUUCAAGCCAGGUUAUUGCAAAGUCAAGUGGAUCAGCUGUAUCAUCCACAGUUCCGACUGCAAGUAAUAGCAGUCCUGUUACUGUGUCUAUAGGAACUCAAUUAGUUUCUAGCGUUGGUAAAAUCCUUCUAUCUGUUACUGUUACUGCCAUCUUGGGUAGUUUGCUUGGUUAG